AUGGCUGGUUUAUCUAGUUUUAUCUAUGGAGGUGAUGAAAGUGUUGACCCUUUUGGUUCAAGUAAUUCAACCGUCGACCCAUUUGGUGCUUCUUCAAAUAGUGUUGAUCCGUUUGCUAUUCCUGUUCCAUCACAACCUAAUAUUCAGUCAUUUGACCCCUUUGCUAACUCAAGUAAUACAAAUGAUUCUAUACCACCACCAGUAUCCUUCCAACUACAGCCAUCCUCUAUACCUCCCGUAGCAAUUCCAACAAUAUCUAGUGAUACAUCAGAUAAAGAUAAUAAAAAAGAUGAUAUUAAUGAACAUUCUCCUGCUGAAGAAGAUGAAUUAAAAACAGAAUUUAAUAUUGAACCUAAGAAGUCACCAAGAAUUGCUAUUGAAACUGAAGAAAAUAAACCAAACCAAAAAGAAGAAACAACUGAAGAACAACAACCCCAACAAAUAACAGAAGAACAAAAUCAAAAUGUUAUGAUUACAGAGGUUGAAGAUCAAGCAAAUCAAAAAGUGAUUAAUUAUUUCCAAAAAGCAUUUUCAACAACAUUUGUCCCUCAACUAAAAGAAACAGAAACAGAAGUAAAUGAACUAAUUCAAAUUCAAGGAUUAUUAGAUAAUCAAUUAAAAGUAUUAUACGAUAAACUUAAAGAAAUGGAACGUAUUCUCUCCCCACCAUCAUAUAUUGAAGAUUUAAAUAGAAUUAUAAAAAUUCAAAAAAGAAUUGAUAGAAUCAAUGCAGUAUUAACUCAAAUAGAGACACGAAUUACAGUAUUAAUGAGUUCAAGAAUCUAUAUGAAAUAUAGUUCACAAAUAACAAUCACUAACUAA